AAAACUUCAUAUCUCAUAUGUGGUUAUAGAAGACAUCUGUCGUUUCAAAUCACAGUAAAAUGGAGUCACAGUCAGAUUCUAGAAAUGGUCCAGUUUCCAAUAUGGAAAACGGUCCAAUAACAGAGGGACUGGAGAUUCAACGUUCAGAUGUAAAGAGAGCAAAUGGAAUCGGAAAUGGAGAAAUGCACCGUCGGAUUAAGAAUAUUCCCGUAUUGGAGGAAAGAAGACUCCUUGCGCUAGAAAGGCACAUCAAGCGUAAACGGAGGAAACGGCCGUACGUUAAAAAGAUGAAGAGUUCGGAGAAAACAGAGCAUCUUGACAAAACCAUGGGGGCUCCCAAUAGAAAAAUGUUAGACGACCCUGGGGCGUUUGAUAUAAAGGAUGAGGUAGUACAAACAUUAGAAGGAGACGGGGAAAAAGAUUGGAGUCAGAAUGAAAUUGAGGGUACUGGGAUGGCAGUUACAGAGAAAGAUGAGGGGAAGCCAAAUGGUGAGAUUGAGAAUUUUGUGGUUCAAUCACCAAAAACAGAUGUCGAAGAAGACGAGCAACAGGGUGUACAGUUUGAUAAGUUGGUUGAAUACUUACUUGACGAAGUAAAAUCAGAAAUGAUAAAGGGAGUUGAAGAUGGAUUAAAGAGGAAGGGCGAAGUAAACCAGUCGAUGUUUGGAGAGGAAAGUCAUAUAAAAAAAGAUGAAGGGGCUGGUAUGGAGGUAAAGCAAGAAAACGAAGAAAAUUUUACUCAUGUGAAAGAAAUAAAUACUUCGCCGCCUGAAGAUGCUAGGCACGUAGACGAUGAAGGCUUGAAGAAAGAGAGAGAAAACUUUCAAGAUGAAGGACAUAAAGAUUUGGAAAGAGCGAAGGACAGUGAAGACAAAAUUGUUGAUUUCGGAGAUGAAAAAGCCGAACAAAGUUUCAACGCAUCAAGGACCGGAUCAAAGGAGCCUGCGCCAAAAGAUCCUGAAUUGGAAGCUGUCAAAACCAAUCAGCCGAUAAAGCACGAAGUAGAUGAAGGAAAGGCCGGUUUCAAUGUUAGAAAUCAGAUUGUCCUCGAUGACGAUGGGGAUGAUGAUGAUGAUGAUGAUGAUGAUGGCUUCAUGCCGAGAAAAUUGUUUUUCUUCAGCUUUUCUGAUUUCAAGAAAGAAGAAGCCUCUGCAUAA